AUGCACCAGACUGGUAGUUUCCAUAUUGUUUCUACAAUUUGCUAAUUAAAGCAAUUUCCUCAUAUUUGUUUCACAGUUUUAAUAAGGACAUCAUGAUGAAAAUAUAGCCUAGAUAUGCUCUCUUAUUACAAAUACACACUACUUCACAGCCCAGUACUAUCAGCAAUGUAUUGGAAAUAAUGUCAGGAGAAAUGUUGCCAAGGCCUCUCUCUACACUGGCAUAGUAUCACCAGACGAGUUUAGUGAUUAGCUGAAAGAUGUUCAAAUCGCCCCCACUACACGGAUGUGAACAUUGCAUGAUGUGUGGGAUCAUUGGGCUCCUAUUUCCUUUGGUUCUGUCAUGUGAUUGUCCUGGAUAAAUCCACUGCACUUAUAUUUAUAAAAGAGAACAUUUAUUGUUAUAUUUAAAUAGUUCAGUUAACACUUUUGUCUUUAGGCAUCUUGUACAUCUUGUACUCCUGAGUGGCGCAGUGGUCUAAGGCACUGCAUCGCAGUGCUAACUGUGCCACUAGAGAUCCUGGUUUGAAUCCAGGCUCUGUCGCCGCCGGCCGCGACCGGGAGACUCAUGGGCGGCGCACAAUUGGUCCAGGGUAGGGGAGGGAAUGGCCGGCAGGGAUGUAGCUCAGUUGAUAGAGCAUGGCGUUUGCAACACCAGGGUUGUGGGUUCGAUUCCCACGGGGGGGCAGUAUAAAAAAAUAUGUAUUCACUAACUGUAAGUCGCUCUGGAUAAGAGCGUCUGCUAAAUGACUAAAAUGUAAAUGUACAACUUAAUGUUGUUUGCAUUGACCAACUUGUUUGCUAUGGUGAGUGAGACUGAGUGCAACAGCUGCUGAGAUACAUAAACAUUUCAGGAAAUAUGUUUUCUUGCAAAACAUCCAACCUUGAAGCUGUGGUCCUUUUGGCAGUGACCUUAGUCAGAGCAGAAUGGACUGAGGCUCUCUUUAUAGGGAUGCUGAGGCAGGCUGCACCUUGCUGUACUGCCAAUAAUGUUCGUUCUGGAAUGGAGGCAAUGACAAAUACUGCACAGAUAAGCGCCAUUACCAGCAACUCAGCCAGCGAAAAACAAAUGUAUGUUUGAGGUGAUGGAUGGCAGGGGGAUGCAUGCACGGUUUUGUAGCUGAGGCAAAUGCUGAUGAGGCAAGAUGGGCCCAUCUCUCACAGAUGCUGACAUCUUGCCCUGUGUGCAAGAUCUGAAUUCCACCAAUCAUUUUUGCCAUUUGACUGUCUGUCUCUCCCUUCCUGGCCAUGUCUUUCCACCUGGCCAUCUCCAUCCCUGUCUGAAUGAUUAGGGUAGGAUACAGUUCUGAUUCACUACUAGAGGAAAUCAGCCUGCAGUUUGGCAGAGAGUUGACCGACAGUCACAUUGCUGUAGGUGGAGCCUGUCUGUAUUCGGGCAGUCCUUUGGGGUGUAAUCCCAGUGUGGCAGUGCGCUCCGUCCUCGUCAGAGUGCAGACACGCCCUGUGGCUUUCUGGCUGUCCGUUUGAGACACUCAUGUCCUUGUUGUUUCUCUGGGAUGUGGAUCCAAAUGGGUCUUUCUGUUCAGGCUGGGGGCUGCCCCUGCAGAUCCUAUUGCGGAACGUGGAUGUGUCUCGACAAAGACACUUGCGGAAGUUUGGUUUGCAAAGCAGGUAGACCAUAGGAUUGUAGAUGGUGGACGAUUUGGCAAAGAUGGCCGCCAGGGCGAAUGCAGUAGGAGGCACCAGGGUGGCGUCACCAAAUGCCGCCCACAUGGCCACUAUGGCGUAAGGGCUCCAUGCACCCAGGAAGCCGAUGCAUACUGCUACCGACAACUGUUGAAAAACACACACACACACAAUAUAUAUAAAUAGGCAUAAAUAUUCAAUAUCUCUUUACUUAAAGUCUGCAGGUAUAAGGCUUUUUAACUUUGGCACAGACCCUGCAAACUAUACAAGCCUAACCACACACAAAGUUACAUAAUCCCUGAGCUGCUGUUGUUGUGAACUGGAUUGCUGACACAGGGAUACUGUCUGACCUUGACGAUGAGGGCGUGUGCGUUGGUGGUCUUGGUCUGGGGCGACACAUGCUGCUGGACGGCCUGGUGAGAACUGCGCACCGUCAGCAGGAUGAAGGUGUAGGAGAGGAAGAUGACGGUGCAGGGCAGAGCGUAGCAGAAGAGGAACAGGCAGACAAUGUAGGACAUGGCAGACAGCUUGUAGUUUGGUACGUUCCAGUCAAUGCAGCAGGCAGUGCCAUAAGGCUCUGCAUUGUAGUGUCCCCAAUGUGCCAGGGGACCGAUGGCGAACACAGAGGCAUAACACCACACAACCACCACCAGGAAGCAGGCAUUGGAUGA